CUCUCUUUCUCUCUCCCGCAGAGUCCGCCAGAAUCUGCAGCCGAAAGCCGAAGCGGAAGCGAACCGAUCGAAGCAGCUGCGAAGGGGAGAGCUUCGGGCGGGCGUUGCGGCCAUGGCUGCCGCUGCAGAGACCUACGGAGCAAGAGACCCAGAAACGGUCCACGCCGACGUCCUCUCUAAAGCCCGCGAAUCUUGCUACAAGGCCCGCGACGCUUUCUACGCCUGCCUGGAGAAGGAAUCGAGCAAGAAGCCGACGGAGAUCGGCUCCGUCGGGCUGUUGUACCCUGCCGAGUGCAAGAAUUCGCGGGCCGAGUACGAGAAUCGAUGCCGAGCUUCCUGGGUGAAGCAUUUCGAUAGGCAGUACUGUAGGAACAAGACGCUCAAGAGGCUCUUGGACGACAAGGAUGCGAAGCGCGGGCCUUUGACGCUCCCGCAGCCGUCCACGUUCAAGACCCCCAGUUGAGAUUUGCUCUGCAUUCCCUUGCUUGGUGGGAUGUGUUUCUGUUUCGGUAAUUGUAUUCCCAUGCAAUGAGUCUUAGAAUUGAAGUCUGUAUAUACCGACAUCUAUUGUUAAUUUGCGCUGAAACUGCUACCGGGGAAAAUUUUGUCUAAGGCUGCAUUUGUUUUAUGCUUAAUUCAAUUGCUUUCCUCUUGUCAUUGUCAAUUAUAAAUUAUUUUCUUCAAUGCAGUUUGGGAUAAUUGAACUUGAUCAAAACUUAUUCUUUACAUAUGUA